GCAGAACAUGUACAAAGCUCAGAUGAGGAAGAAACGACCAGAGAUGGAGCGGAGGAAGAGGAGGGAGCGACGAUGUGGAGAGGAAGAGGAGGAGAAAAGAAGAGACGUUAAAAAACUGCAGAUUGAUCACGAAGCGAAAGAAGAACUGGAAGAAAAUUAGAAAAAAUAUUUUAUUUAGCAAGAAUUAGAAGCAAGCAGCUCUUCUUUCAUCAGCACAGAAAAGGAUGAAGGUAUGAGGAUGACUCCAAAUGCUCAGGAGUCCGUCAGGUGCGGCGCGUCGUCCUGCAGCUGCGCCUGUUUUAAACCCGGAAAGGUCAAACUCAGGUCAUGUGAUCACUGUGGACACGGCUGGGUGGAGCACGCUCUGGAGAAGGUCCAGGCCCGGCCGGCGUCCGGCUCCGGCCCGGUGGAGGUGGCCCUGCCGGGGCCGGUGUUUGACCUGAGCUCCCUGGUUCUGUUCGGAGCUCAGGCCGUUCCCGUCCAGCUGAAGAUCUUACUGGACCGACUCUACAGCGUCCUGCCUCCAGAGCAGGUGGGUCAGAUUCUGAACAGUCUGGGCUGGAGUUUGGGUGAUUACGUCCGAGGAUACAUGCUGCAGCGUCCUGAUGGGGGCGUGUUGGAGCGCUGGGAUGCGGCCACGCCCCGGGAGCAGCUGCUGCUCCUCAGACAGUUCCUGCGCUUCGGAGAGACUCGGCCCAUAGUGGAGGUGAUGAUCCUGCAGCACCUGGAGGGUGAAGAGAUCCCGCCUGACCAGCAGCCAAACGCUCCGGUGAAAAACAUCCAGUCGGGUUGGAAUAACGGAGCGUCCGGUUUGAGACUCGGUUCUCUGAGAGACGGCCAGCUGGCGGAGAGCAACGCCGCCUCAGGAAACGGCCCAGCAGGACAGUCAGUGCUCCUGCCUUUCCAUUUUCCACAAUCAGGCAUCUACCGUUCAGCAAAGGAAACAUUUCCUUCCACUGAGCUGCAAAACGUCCUGCAGGAUUUCAGGAAGAACAAACUGGUUCAGAAACACGACAGACAUCGAUGUGAGGAAGACGACGACUCUGAACGGCAGAGAUCAGAACCGGCCUUGGCCAUAAAAACCGACCCGGACAAGUCAAAUCCGUCACCGUGGCAACAGAACCCCAUCCUCCACCAGGACCGGGUUUUCCUCCAGAAGAGAUUCCUUUCUUCCUCUUCCUUCAACUUCUCACUUCCUCCUUCCUCCCUGGUGUGUUCUCCACUCCCCUCCUCUUCCUCCUCUCGCCUCCAACCUCCUCCAACGCUUCCCUCCUUCUCCUCCUCUUUCCUAAGACCUCUUCGCUCCUUUUCUUCCCCUCUCCUCCCUGUUACGUCGCCGUGUUCGUCCCUCCAUCCUCUCCCGUCUUCCCUUUGCUCCUUCCCUUCCCUCCUGGCCGCUGGGGGUCGGAAGGGCAGGGUCAGCUGUGGCGUCUGUGGGAAAAGCUUCUAUGACAAAGGAACCCUGAAGAUCCACUACAACGCCGUCCACCUGAAGAUCAAACACCGCUGCACCGUUCUGGGCUGCGCCAUGGUGUUCAGCUCCCUGCGCAGCCGCAACCGGCACAGCGCCAACCCGAACCCGCGGCUGCACACGGCCGGCAGCAGAGAGUCUCAGCCGUACCGAAACACGCUGAGUGGACAGAGCGGCGUUCACGCUCCAACGCAGAGACACCAAGAGAAACAGGAAACACAGGGAAGCAGGAACCAUGAUUCCUCUCACAGCCCGCCUCAGGAAGCCGCCUCCCCCGCUCCGCCUCUCAUCCCUCCAGCUCCACCCUCAGGGGGCAUCUGGCCCUCAGGGGGCUCCCCGUCUUCACUUACCAACCUGCAGACUGGUCAGCAGUGGUGGCAGGGGAAUCAGUCCUUACCGCAGAAGAAGAAACCAAGGAAGUCGAGCAUGCCACUGAAAAUAGAAAGAGAGACGACUCAAAAGCAGCAAACAUGAAGGCGAGAGCUGAAAGACUCUGAAAUAUUGUUUACAUUAAUAAAAAACGGAGCAGGAGCUUCAGUUUGUUGCAGCUUUGAAAUGAUUCUGAAUUCACACAUUUUUGCACGUUUACAAAUAUGUCGUACUUUGUGUCCACUGGCUGUUUACCUGUAAUUAUUCAAUGAUAAACUUCAUAUAUCACACCUGAAGCUCAUUUUAUAAACCUUUCAACAAAAAAACACCAACUGCUAACUUAAUACUAAGUUUUAAAUUUAGGAUUUAAUGAGAAGUGAAAGAGCAUAGAAUCAUCUUUAUACUUUAUUGUUGUUACCAUGGCUACCAUCUGAUUCUGUGAGUUUGUUCACAAAUGCAUCAGCAAAUAAAACCUAAUUAUCAGUGA